UGCCAGCCUCUUCUCUGAUCUCAUAUUCUUGUCCUACUCUAAUAAAAUAAAAGUCCAAAUCUCCGGUGCUUAAUGGCGAAAGAAGAGAUCGUGGUUCCAGUGAUCGACCUCGCCAACUUCCCCGCCGAGCUUGAGAAGCUCGCUGCUGCGAGCACCGAGGUGGGUUGCUUUCAGGUGAUCAACCAUGGUAUUCCUGUGGCGCUUCUUUCCGAUAUGAAGGAAACCGCCCGGACACUGUUCGACUUCCCCGAAGAGGUUAAGCAGCGCAACGUCAACCUCAACGUGAUCGAUGGCCGCUACAGGCCGCGUAAUUUCGAACCCAACGGCAAAUAUCACGAGUCCUUCAGCAUCUACGACGCCGCCUUACCCUCCGACGUCCUCUCUUUCUGUUCUGCUCUGGACGUCACGCCACAGCAACGUAAAGUUAUUACCGAUUAUUUUGGAAAACUACAUGGCUUGAUCUUGGAAAUGGCCUCUAAAGUAGUAGAGAGUUUGGGCUUGGUUGGCCGUUCUUUUGAGGAAUGGUCUUGUCAGGCGAGAGUGAUGUCUUACAAGGUUACUUCUCAAGAGGAUAUUGGCUGUAUUGCUGCUCCUCUUCACACGGACUCCAGUUUUCUCACCGUCUUGCAAGCAGAUGAGUGUGUUGGUGGCCUUCAGAUCAUAGAUGCUAAUGGCAACUUUGUAGACGUUGAUCCUCUCCCGGGAGCCAUUUUUGUUAACAUAGGUGAUAUGGGAAAGGUUUGGAGCAAUGGGAGACUGCACACUGUGAAGCAUAGAGUGGUCUGUAAGAAAGUCACGACGCGAUUCUCCAUCGGUUUGUUUCUACUGGCACCAAGAGACGGCUACAUAGGGACUGAGCCAGCCUUUAUUGAUGCCGAGCACCCGAAGCUUUACCAAAACUUCAUUUACAAUGAGUAUCGCAAGCAAAGAAAUAAAUGUGAAUAUAAAAUAGGUGAUCUGGCCCUUCGUGGCUUCAAAGCGGAUCAAGAACUCAUGGCAUUGUCUUGGAAAAAUCAAAUGGUAGCAAAUUCAGUUGUUCUUGAGAACAAUGGGGACGCUGCACCUGCAACCAUACCAGUAGUGAAAAGGGCUUUUUAUUCCACUAUUGAGGAAGCUAAGGAAGAAAAGGAUGUGGUGUCAGCUACAGAGUUCAUCACUGUUGAUCAAGUCAAUUUUGAAGCAGAAAUGGCACCAAUUUCGAUAGCGGAUGCAUCAGUUUCAACCGUGAAUGGUUUGUCGAAGUCCGAAAAUGCCAUGGAAACUUCGCACAUCGAAGAAGGAUUGAGGAGUGGGCCACUCAGAAAUGGCCUUAAUCUUCUUUGGAUCUACUUGCACGCCACCUGUAGAAAUAAUGAAACCCAAGAAAUACACAGUGCUAGUGGCAAAUUCGCACUUGGUCGCAAACUCACGCAAGGAAGAGGGUCGGACAGUUGGAUUCUUCAGAAGAUCAGAUCUCUUUCUUGCUUAACCGAAAUCUUCUCGCCAGAGAUCUUAACGGGAUUUGCUGCGGAUUUUCGGGGACUUGAUCAGAAGUUUCGACUGAAACGAGUAAUGGCAAAAGAUCAGGAGAUUGUGGUUCCGGUUAUUGACCUUGCUAACUUCCCCGCUGAGCUGGAGAAGCUGUCUGCGGCGAGCACUGAGCUUGGCUGCUUUCGGGUCAUCAAUCAUGGUAUGCCUAUGCCACUUCUGGCCAAGAUGAAGGAAGCCGCGCGGUCGCUCUUCGAGAUCCCUGCCGACGUUAAGCUGCGUAACGUCAUCCACAAUUUGGAAGAUGGGGGCUACAGGCCGCCUACUUUCUCACCGAAAUCCCCAUUUUACGAGUCCUUCGGCAUCUACGACGUAGCCUCACCGACCGACGUUCACUCUUUUUGUUCUACUUUGGACGCCUCGCCACUGCAACGUAAAAUUAUUACCGAUUAUUUUGAGAAACUUCACGGAGUAACCAUCGAAAUAGCUUCGAAAGUAGCCGAGAGUUUGGGCCUGAAUGGCUGCUCUUUCAAGGACUGGACUUGUCAAGCAAGAUUAAUCUCUUACAAGUUUGCUUGUCAAGAGCAUGUGGGUCGUAUUGGAGUUCCUGCACACACAGACUCCAGUUUUCUGACCGUCUUGCAAGAAGAUGAAUGUGUUGGUGGCCUCCAGAUCAUGGACGCUAAUGCCGACUUUAUAGACAUGGAUCCUCUGCCAGGAACCUUAUUUGUUAACAUAGGAGAUAUCGGCAAGGUUUGGAGCAAUGGAAAACUGCAAAGCGUGAAGCAUAGAGUGGUUUGUAAGAAAGCCAUGCCACGAAUCUCCAUCGCAUUGUUUCUACUUGCCCCAAAAGAUGGCUCCAUAGCGACUGAGCCUGCAUUUAUUGAUACGGAUCACCCGAAGCUGUACAAAACAUUCAUUUACAAUGUUUAUCGCAAGCAGAGAAAUACAUUUGAUUUUAGAACAGGUGAGACCCUCCAUGCCUUCAAAACAGAGGACGAUCGAAGCAAAGACGAUCUCUGAUUUAUAAAUCAAUGCCCAUCGACUAUAUAUGAUCUGGCUGUCCUACGUAGAUCUCGAUGCAUUUUUAAAUAUUCACGGUAUUAGAAUUUGUUAUGCUUUUUCUACGUUUGGAGAGCGUUGCAUUCAUCUUUGCCUCCUCAUAUUUUACUGUAGGUUUGAUUUGUUAAAGGACGUUAUUCAGUCAACAUUUUCGAUCUUCUUAUUUUUUGGGGAGUUAUAAUGAUUUUUAUUUUCUUAUGCUU